UGCCGGGCUACCCAGCCGCUCAAUAUGGCGGCUCAGUUUGUAAAAUUUGGUGUCCCUAUGAUCGGUCUGAUCGUUGGUGGAUCGUUUGCAUUGAAGGAAUUCACUGAGAUCAAAAUUAAGCGCCGGGAUGAAAAGACUUACAGGUUGAAUAGGGAAGAAGCUCUUAAAGCUUUACCCAACAAGGGAAGAGAAGUCUUAAUCGAAGAGGCAUACAAGGAUAUCGCCGAAAAUUUAGAUAUUGACCACUGGGAAAACAAACGAGGACCACGUCCAUGGGAAGAAUAGCCAAGGUCAUGAAAUUUGAAAAAAAUAAUGUUCAAGCUUGCAGAAAAGUGGCUGUAUAGCCUCUUUGGUUUGCAACCAAUUGAUCUCUGCAGAAAGAGUGGACCAACCAUUAUGUACUACCAAGUUCUGUCUUUGCUCUGGAUAGGGACUAACAACAGUAACUCUUUUCACUCCAGUGUACUGAUCAAUAAGUAACUUCUCCUUACAGUAUCAAUACAUUGUCAAGCGUAGAGGUGAGGAGAAGAAAGAAAUGUGUAAACUAGGGGAUUUUGUUGAAUUGAACUUUUCAGAGCUAAAAUAAUAAGCAGACAAUGUUAUGAGGGAAAGUAGGAAGAAGACUUUUAAGAAGAAUAGGGUUAAAAACAUUAAACGAAAUUUCUAUUAUGACCACUCAUCUUGAGUGUUUAAAACUGGGCAUAAUAUGAACUAAACUUUUUUUAAAGCCGGGCACCAGGCUAAUGGCAAAAAGAGAUACUGUACAAAGAUUUCACAAAUUGAGAGGCAUGUUUCCACACAGUGCUCCUAUCCUUCUGCUGUUUCUGUAUUUCUUCAAGAUAACUGUCCUUCCUGCCUCAGCUGCACAAAAGCUACAAAAGAAAGUAAACAAUGAAUCCAUUGUGCUAUUAAAGGCCAAUUUCUUUA